UCACUGAGUUGAUGGGUAUGGAUAGAGCACUGAUGAUUGUCUGAAACGCCAUAGGUACUGGGUUAUAGUAACAGGUGAGUCAUAUAGUCUGCUCCAGGCAGCUUGGUCUACUGUGAAGUUUUUGUUCCCAUUUUUCAGCAGAGGAAACUGAGGUCUCAAGAGAUCAAGAAGGUUGCCCUGCUCACCUAGUUGGUCCAGGCAGAUCCCAAAGAGGAAUUGCAUCCUGGGUGGCUCCAGGUCCUCCUGCACGUCCACACCCUCCCAGGCCCUGGAGGUCUGUUCCCUGAAAUGCACACACUUUGCCCACUGCAUCCGUUUAAGAGGCAAGCCUGACUCAAGUGGCCUGAGGUUCACCCUGAUUCAGCAUGACUUGUAGAUAAGUCCUUCCCCAGAUGAUGAGAGGCAGUGCCCUCCAGGGCUGGGCUUGUACACUGAUACUGCCUGGGGCCUCCCUCAGGUGUUUAUAGGCACAGGCCCAGUAGUAGAGCUGUGAGACUCGGGUGAAGCCAGGUGAACACAGGAGCUGCACUGACCUUCUCAAAGCUGGUUCCCACUGCCUCUUCUCGCACGCUCUGACGUCCAAUCCAGGCCCCGGAAUCCAACCUGGAGCACUCCCUGAGCCCAUCAGAUUGCCAAACUUCCAAAAGCUGAAGGAAUUGAGUCAUCUGCAAGUUCAAGCUCAGUUUUCAGUCCCUUCAGAAUCACUUCUCUCUUGGACAUCUUUAACCUGCUGAUAUAUUUCCAUCUGACCAAGCAUUUUUGUAGGCUGCGAGGCCCCAUGGCAUCCUUCCCCGUCCUGCAGAAGGAGAGAGUGUUCAAGUCGGGAGCACAGGCCUACAGAAUCCCUGCUCUACUCUACCUGCCGCAGCAGAAGACUCUGCUGGCCUUCGCAGAAAGGCGCAAGAGCAAGAAGGAUGAGGAUGCAGAGCUGAUUGUCCUGCGCAGGGGAAGCUAUGAUGAGUCAACCCACCAGGUCCAGUGGCACGCUCAGGAAGAGGUGGCCCAAGCCCAGCUGGAGGGCCACCGGUCCAUGAAUCCAAGUCCCUUGUAUGACAAGAAAACGAGGACCCUCUUCCUCUUCUUCAUUGCCAUCCCCAGGCAGGUCUCUGAGCAUCACCAACUCCACACCAAGGUCAAUGUGACACGGCUGUGCCAAGUCACCAGCACCGACCACGGCAGGUCCUGGAGCCCCACCAGAGACCUCACCGACUCUGCCAUUGGCUCGGCCCAUGGGGAAUGGGCCACCUUUGCGGUGGGCCCGGGGCACUGUCUGCAGCUACACAAUGAGGCGCAGAGCCUGGUGGUGCCAGCCUACGCCUACCGGAAACUCCGUGCCCACGGGUGGCCCAGCCCCUCCGCUUUCUGCUUCAUCAGCCACAACCACGGGCUCACGUGGGAAAGAGGCAACUUUGUGGCCCCGGAAACUGUGGAGUGCCAAGUGGCUGAGGUCGGGGGUGCAAAACAGAGGAUGAUAUAUCUCAAUGCUAGAAGCCCCCGUGGGGUCAGGAUUCAGGCCGAGAGUGUCAACGACGGGCUUGAUUUCAGGGGGGCCCAACUGGUCCAGAAGCUUGUGGAGCCUCCUCAUGGCUGCCAUGGGAGUGUGAUCGCCUUCCCCAGCCCCAGAGCGGGGUCAGGCUCCUCAGACAAGUGGCUGCUCUACACUCACCCUACUGACCCCCGGCAGAGAACCAACCUAGGUGCCUACCUCAAUACACGGCCCCCAGCCUCUAACGCCUGGUCCCACCCGACCCUGCUGGCUGAGGGCAGCUGCGCCUACUCAGACCUUCAGAGCCUGGGUGUCGGCCCCGAUGGCUCACCCCAGUUUGGGUGUCUGUACGAACAUGAUAACUACGAGGAAAUCAUCUUCCUCAUGUUCACCCUGAAACAAGUCUUCCCAACUGAAUUUUCGGCUCAGUGAGCCGGCCAUGUGCUACCCCCUAUUCUUGUCCCCCUGCUCAUGCAAAUACCCUAUGACCCAGCAAUUCCACUCAGAAGUAUACAUCCAAGAGAAAUGCACGCAUAUAGCUGCCAAAUACACGGAUGAGCAUAUUUACAGCAGUUUCAUUCAUAAGAGUCCUAAACUGGAAACAACCCAAAUGUCAAUUGAAAACAGAAUGGGUAACUAAACUGGGGACUACUGAUGCAAUGGAAUAUUACCCAAUAAUAAGAGAAUCAACUACUGCUAUACAUAAUAGUAUGGUUGAUUUUUCAGAUGGUAUGUUGAGUGAAAGAAGCCAGACUCAAAAGAAUACAUUCUUUAUAAUUCUAUGUACAUGAAGUUCAAGAACAGGCAAAACCCAGUGUAUGGUAUAUACAGCAAGACACUGGUGGAGGAAUACUGUUCACUGCGAAGGGUCCUGGGAACAUUCUAAUGUUUGACCUGGUGCUGAUCAGAAGGGUGCAUCUGUAUGUAAAAAUUCAAUGAGUUGUA